AGAGAGAGAGAGAGAGAGAGAGAGAGAGAGAGACAGAGAGAGAAGCAAUCUGGCAGGCACAUGGCCAGUGAAUGAGUAGAACUUGCUCUCAGCACACACAAUCUCACUGGAUUUGAGCAAACGAACCAAAGCUGUGUGUGUCUCCAUCUCCAUCAUUAUCUUACUGACUACCAAGCAAACACACACAUACACACGCACAAACACCCUGGAAGAGUGUACGUUACGGUUACUGAGACCUCUUCCCUUGUCUUUCCAGGAUGGCUGAAGCUGAACUUCAUAAGGAGAGGCUCCAGGCCCUGGCGGAGAAACGAAAAAGGCAAACCGAGAUUGAGGAUAAAAGAAGACAGUUAGAUGAUCUUGUUCUGCAACUUCAACAUCUUAAGUCCAAGGCCAUGAGGGAGAGGUGGCUUCUACAAGGUACUCCAACAGGGCCUGAAGAGGAAGACGAGGGACGCAGGAAACAGGUUGAACAGGAUGAGCUACAAGCCAAGAAACUAGAAGACUCCAUUCAGAGACUGGAAUCUGAAAUAAUUCUCCUUGAGAAUGAAGAAUCACAAAUUUCAGCCAAAGAGCAAGUGCUCCGAGAGAGACUUCGUGAAACAGAGAGCUCUAUUGAAGACUUACAGAAAAGUCUGCAGCAGCAAGAUGGAGAUGCAGUGAUUCCCACCUGUUCCAAGCUUCCCAAGCUUCCAGGGUUGAAUGCCCAAACUAGGUCCUCUGCUUCGGGUGAUCACCAACACUCAGGAACACCUGCAUUAUUCGCCAUGGAGAUCAGCGUCGAAAAGGACCACAAGACAGGAGACACAAAAAUCUUGUCCACAUCACGUAUCAACCCCGCGGAUGCCUACCAACGGGGCAUCAAGGUCUACGACGAUGGGCGUAAGGUGAUCUAUGAGGUGCAUUCUGGGAGUUCCACCACAGUGGAGAACGGCGUGCACCCAUGGAGCUCAGACGAAGUGGAGGAACUGAUACAGCGUGUAGGUCAUGCUCGCCACAGAACUGAUGGCACUCAUGUGACAAUCACUCCAAACAAGCAUGAGAUCAGAGAGCAAAACAUCAUGCCUUCGGAUCUAAAUGUGGUACAAGAGCGGCACAGUCAUGAUGGUGACAUGAAGGUAGAACAACGGUUCCAAGUAGACAGGGAUGAUCCACAAGCAUGUCAAGGCUUCGAUGGGGAGGUGAUGGAGGCACCCGAGGCCACAGCCGACAAGCCUGUCACUAUGAUUUUCAUGGGAUACCACAGUGUGGACGAUGACGAGGAGACAAAGAAGCUGCUGGGUUUCGAUGGCACCAUCAAAGCUGAGAUUGUCCUGAUCGACGAGGAUGAUGAGAAGUCUUUGCGUGAGAAGACUGUCACAGACCUCUCCACUGUAGACGGCAAUGCCGCCGACCUUGUCUCAGGGCGGCCGGUGUCCGAGGCCACCGAACUGUCUUCCGAGGGCCAAGAUGAAAGUUCCUCCAAGGAUCCGCCGCCCACAGGAAGUGAGAAAGCACGCUGUGUAUUGCUUACAGCAGAGAAUGGCCUUUUCCCAGGAGCUGCUGUGAGAUCAUCAUACACCCCACCGAAAUCCUGUCAGCUUUCAGAGGAUGACGCUGAACUAAAGAUUAGAAAGACCUCAGAGAAGAGCCCGAAGAGUGUCAGUUUCUUAGACCCUAUCAGUGUUAUUACUGAAGACAAUAUUGACAUGGAGGUUGAGGUACAAAGCAAAAGUCAGCUUAACCAUGCAACAAAUGGCCAGAAUGGUGUGAAGCACAAAGGAGUGCUGGAUGAAGGAGAGGUUGCCCAGGAAAUACGUUAUCUUGACGAGGUGCUUGAGGCCAACUGCUGUGACACUGGAGCUGAGAUGACUUCAAAUGGAACGUAUUCCCCUGUGCUUCAAGCAAUAUAUGUUGAUGGAAAUGGACCAUCUGUUCACGUUUCUGAUGUGCCGUCCUCAAUAAGUCAUGGGGUAGUCGUAGAAGGAAAACAACAGACCACCUAUGUUGAAGAAAAUCUGAACAGUUCCAAACCAAAUGGUCAUCCAGGAAUAAUCGGUGAUGACUACAACAGGUCACCUGAUAAUGAGACAAUCAAGAAAGAGGCCCGAUUUGAGCUUCGUCCUUUCUAUGAAGAGAAAAAGCCAUCUAAGCUUUUUGAUACACCGACAGAGAAAGAAAUAAGAGUGAAAAAGGUCAGGCCUUCAGAGGAGAUUGCAGAGCUGGAGAAAGAACGCUUGGAGCUCAUUCGUGAUCAAGCAGUCAAGAAAAAUCCAGGAAUUGCAUCAAAGUGGUGGAACCCACCACAGGAAAAGACACUGGAGGAUGAACUGGAACCAGAAAAAUUAGAGUCACUAAGAAGAUAUGAAGAGAGGAAGCAGAAGAAACCUGAAGCAAACCGAGUACCACAACCAUCUGCUAAACAAACUGUCUCUUUUUUCCAGCCUGAAAUGGGAAAUAAGGAGGACAUUGUGGUUCAAGGGAUUGAUUUUUCUGCAGCCCGCCAACAGUUCCUUCAGAUGGAGCACAGUAAGCAUCAACAACAACAGCCAGUCACAAGAAGAAGUGUGUCUCCCCAGAUAUACUCUGCCAAACCAUUCACCAGGACCUCUGAUUUUGAUAGGUCAACCAUUACAGUCACUAGCCAUGGUAGAGUCACCGUGGAAGAUGGCACUGAAAUGAAUCAGGUCAAAAUUGAAAGGGUGUUUUGUAGUUCUGGAGAUUCUCCCACACAAAGCAGGGACAGUAUGUCUGACACUGAAGUGAAAAAUGAUGACUUUACCUGUGCCCGAGCAGUGAUGACCAUCCUCAAGGAUGAAGAAUCUGAAUUGCACCAGCGAUCCAUUAACACUUCCUGUCAUCCAGAGGAGAUAGACUCUGGAUUGGAUGACCUAUCUCUUAGAUCUCAGGAUACCACUAUGCUUGAGAGUUUGUCCAAUGACUUCAGCAUGGAUAACAUAAGUGACAGUGGUGCCUCCAACGAGGUCAUGAGCGCAUUCCUGGAGAACUCUCUCGGUGACUACUCUUUCCCCUCUACUCCACUGGCCACAAUACCUAUAAAUGAGCACCUGGAUGGGAAUUCACCAUGUAGUUUCUAUCAAACAGACAGCUUGACAGAGGAAGAACUUGAAUACCAUGCAGGUAUCUUGGUCCAAAAUGCAAUCCAGCAAGCUAUCGCACAUCAGACCAACAAAUGGGAAUCACUUCAGGCUGAACAGCAGUCCUCCCCAAUCCCCGAGCGACAAAAAGAAACUUCAGAGAAAGAAACCCCUGAAGAGAAAUCUCCUUACGUGCCACCUGAUCCAAAGCCAACCUUUGUGGAAGAGAAGGAAAGCGUAGCUCCUACAAUUACUGUACAGGUGCCUACAGCUCAAGCAAGUUCAGUUAUAACAGUGAAUGCUUACAGGCCCCCAAGUCCUUCUCCUCCUCCUAGUGAGAAGUCAGAGUUCAGCUAUUUCAGUAAGUAUUCAGAGGCAGCAGAGCUCCGAAGCACAGCAUCUGUCACUGCUGCACAAGCCACAGAAGUCACCUCAGGUCCUUUCACACUACGCUCACGCAAGCAGAGGACUCUGUCCAUGAUUGAGGAAGAGAUCCGGGCGGCACAGGAACGGGAUGAAGAGCUUCGUCGGGAACGACAAGCUCAGAUCAUGCGUCCCAGCAAAAAUCCCAUUCACAAGCAAAAGACCAACAGCCUUCCAGCCAAAUUAGUCCUUGGUGGGAAGACAGCUCCAGGUAAAAUUGAAAAGAUCCGUGUUGCCCCGCCAGUAUCUCCAGCUUCUUCAGACGGGGCUCUCCCAUCCCCACUUUCUGAUCUCGGGAGCGAUGACUCAGGUGGAAGCCAGCGGCCUAAAAACUUCAUGCAGACCCUAAUGGAAGAUUUUGAGACACACAAAGUCAGGCGUCGGGAGAAGGCUGAGGACAACAGUGUUUUAGAGGCUACGCGUGUCACCCGCAGGAAAAGUAACAUGGCUCUUCGAUGGGAGGCGGGAAUCUAUGCCAACCAGGAAGAUGCUGAGGACGAAGAGGAAGAAGAGUAAAUCCAGAUCGCUAUUAUGAACAACAGGAACAGUGGAAGGAAAUCAAAAGUAUGUUGGAGAAAACUACAAGUAUAUGUAUAUUGCAGGAACAAGUAAUCAUUGGAUCUCCAAAUGAUGACUAUAGAAAUUUAUCCAGUCAUGUAGUGGGAUCUGUGGAAAGGUUUUCACUAAAAACUCAAUAUGAAGACAGUUUGGUAUCCAAAUAUACUAUUUUGCUUUCUGUCUCUCUUUUGUUUCAAGCCUUUUUUUCAGUUGGUGUGUGCAGUACUUUGGGAUAUGUGCAAAGAAAAUGCUUAUUUGGAUUUCUGGAUUGUUUUCCAUUUUGUAUAGUUCAGUAUAUAAAAUGCCUUUGAAUUGACCAUGGCAAAAGAUCCAUGUGUGGUUUUAAAAGAGGUUUAAGAAAGGUUACAUAUGAAGAUUUGUGAGAUGGUGAUGGACCAUACAUUUAAAAUAGAACAUGUUAUACAAAUGGGAGCACUUGAUUUAGAUUAAACAAAAAUGCUGUUUGUUGUGGGAAAUAAUAAUUAGGAUUGAUUUGGGAAUAGACAGUCACAAAUGCAGUUUAUGUUAUUUAUAUUACAGAAUAGUAGCACAUCAUAUAUACUGUACAGCGCAAUAGGUCAAAUUUGAUGUACAAAUAAUAAGUUCCACUGUAAAGGAAGCAGUGGGCUUUUUUUUAGAGACAGAAAAUGAAAGUAGGGCACAGAAUGGUUUGGCUUGAAGACUUGAAUAAGAACUUGUAGUAAAACAAGAGUAUUAUUGUCCAGGUUUAUAAAUGCACAAUAGUAUUCAAUUGAUAAGAUGACAUUAACAGAGAAAUUAUAAGGCAUUUUAGUAACCAGGCCAAACAGGAAACAUAUAAAGGAAUAAGAUUCAGGCUGCCACUAUACCACCUAGACCACAUAAAAAAUGUGAUCUACUUAUACUGAUUCAGUUUUCAUGUGGAUGGCCACAACAAACUUAUACUAUGUAUGUGAUCAUAUGUGAUAAAAUGUAAGUAAGGUAUAUGGAAUUAAUUGAGCUGGAGUUGCCAGAUUGAGAUGAAUAAGCCAUCACCACCAAAGUUUAACACACUUCCCAACCACCUGCAGGAUAUUUUUUUCAAAAGUAGGACAAUAAUGAAAGAAAUCCCAAAAUCUGGCAACACAGAGUGUGUACAGUGUGCUACACAACCUAUAUAAGAGAUAUGCAGGAUUUUAGUUUGUGUAAAUGAACAGGACAUGUCAGGGCAUGAUAUGGAAAUAGCAAUACAGGUGUUUAGAAGUAUUAUCAAUAAAAAUGAAUUCCUAAUACCAAAACACUUUAACCAAUCCCUCUCUCUGGAGUUUUAUAGUAAGUGAACACUUUUAGUGAGUUAUAUGAACCGUUUGUCUUUUAUACUGUGUAUUUGCCUUGGUUUAGUGGAUUUGAAUAGAAUGUGUAAAUGCAAUGCAGUGAAAAUGUUAUACAAAUGCUUUGUAAAUAAUUUUAUACAUAUAAAAUUGGAAAGUGGGGGAUGACUUUUCUUAACUGAAAAAGCACCAGCAAUUUGAAGCAAAAUCAGAAAAGCGACGUCGGACUCGACCGUCCAGUUCGAUGGUGGACAAGGACACGUCAUCAGUAAAGAAAAAUUUAUUGCAGAGAACAAAUCAGCAACAUCCUUCGACAAAUGCUCAUGGGGAUACACUUCUUGAUGUUUUGAGGUCUGCACCCAUGAGUAAUAAAGCUAUGGAUUUGAUUCCUGAAAGGACUUAUGUUACAAGAACUCUAAUUCAGCAGACUUUCACAAAAGCUUUUUCCAUUUUAUAUACUUAUAGUAAAUUACAUGAAUAUAGAGUAUAUAAUACACACCUGUACUGAUACAACCAAUAUGAGAUGGUUUAAUGGUGGGCUCGAUUGUGAGUGCAAAAAAACACCUUUUUCUUUAAGUCUGCAUCCUGUGCUGUGAAGAGGCAUGAUGAAACGAGACAAAAAUCUGUAAGGAAGUUUGUUUUGCUGAACUAAUCUCAUAGAUCCAGAGUCUUCAAUCUUAUCCACGGUGUAGCUGACAUUUCAUUCCAACCAAGUAGGAGUGAAUCACACCUGGUUUCACUUGUUUAAUCAGCUCACUUGGAGUGCCUCCAAAUGAGCUGUAAUGAAAGGCUGCAGCCACACAGAUAACAUCCAAGAUCCUUGUUAUAGAUUGUUCCAGGAUGGAUAUUGCAUCAUGAUAGUGAAUUUUUGGACAGUGUCCUAUAGAAGUCUGGCUGGAUCUGACAGUAAGCAAUGAAUUAGGAAUAUUAUAUAUAUUGAAAUACACAUUUCUUAUUCAGAUACUCCAUUGUGCUAUAUGACCUGAUCAGUAGGCAGGUUUUCUGAAUAAUACAAUAGGGAAAUAUUUUUUAUUUGUGCAGUGAACUAUUUACAGUGUAUCUAUGAAUGGGAAAUAGUUUUAUGGAAGCUGGCAUUUUAUUACCAUGUAUGUGCAUUUCUGCCAGGUAUAGCCUUUUGUGUGCGUUUGUGUGAGUGUGCUUUUGAGCAUGGAUGUGUGUCUGCUAAGCAAUUUUAAAAUUACCAGAAAUAUAUGCAAAAGUCUUCAAGACGACCUGACCAUUCUGAGAAGCAAAGUGUAUGCUAAUUGAUUGCCAUAUAUACAUACGAGCAGUUUUGAAUAAAUAAAUAAUAUUCAUAAAGAAGUGCUUUUCAAGCCUUUCAAUGGUUUGGUUGUGUUGAAGCUUGGAUUUUCCAAAGAUGCGUUUUCUUACAAUGUCUAGAAACAAAGCAGCCUUUGCUUUAUUAUGACCUGAGGCUAUGUUAUGUAAAAAGUGUAGUGUAAUAGAAAAUAGGGCAGCAGAGGAAACCUUUAAAAUGCAGACAAGCUAAAUAAUACAUCAAUUUUAAUAGCAAUGAAUUUGGAGUGCAUUUGACUUUUUUUCAGUGCAUGAUAUUUAUAUUGGUCUGGAGGUUCUGAUCAGUCAGUGGAUCUAAAAUGGUCAGAACUGCAAGAAAUUUUUGUUCUUUAAAAUUAUGUCCUCCUUAGUUCACAGGUACAGAUAAUUGACAGUACCUUUUUAGAUUUAAAAUGAUUCUUAGAAAUGUUAUUUUUAAGAAAACGUUCAUAAAAUUUGCGAAUAUACUCUUCAAAAUUGGAAGCCACUUAUUUUUGCAAGUAGCUUUUCACUUUUUUUUUGUACUUGUGAAGUGGCAAAGUGCUUUUUUUUUAAGUUCUGUUAAUUUGUUAACCACUUAUUGUAUGUUAAUAUAUUCUGCUUAUGUUGUUUUAUAGUAAUUGUAUGGCUUACACUUAAACGCAUAUAAUUAUUUUCUCAUUAAAAACAAAAUGCAUAAACAUG